CCGUGCCUCUAUAGAGCUAACUUUUAACCUUAAAGAAUAUCAACGAUUAAAGAGGGAGAUAAUACUGGUUAAAAAUUUCGUUUUCCAGAGAUCAUGUAUGUGUUUCUAGCAUUAUUGACUGCAUAUGUCUUCACUGUUGAUUGUCUUUGUGUGGACAAAAUGGCGGACUGUGGAAAGCUUGGAUGUGAGGGAUAUGUCUGGAAUUCCUUUACUAGGCACUACUGUUUACAUUACUGUGGGGUCUGUCCUUAUCUACAUCUUCCGAACUGUGUGGACAUGGCGGGUAAUUGUAGUAUAGUUGCGAAAGCAUACUGUUCGGAUCCUCAUCUUCAAGACGUAAUGAGACUGAAUUGUCCGGCGUAUUGUGGAUUUUGUUCUCCACACAAUAAUACACAAGGAACAGCAAGUUCAGUAAUUGGAUAAUACACAUAUUCUGUGUCAAUGUCAGUUGAACGAAAUCUUGCUUAUUAAAAAUAUUUAUCAUAAAACGUUAUCUGUAUAC